GCGCGACCGCCGAGCACGGACGUACUUACCGCCGCGAGUGAAGUGCAUCACGAAAAACAAGUGAAGUGAACAACAGUGAGUUACUGUGUUUUAUGCCUACUGCUGUUGUAGCUACCGCUGUUUAUGCACACCCUGCUAACGCGGCGAUGCGGCGUCAGCGGCGCGCGCACACGGCGGCGCGGCUGACCUGCGGCGCGCCAUGAGGAAGUUCAUGCGCACACGCAGCGCCGCCGCGCCCGCGCCCCUUGCACCGCUCCCGCCGCCCGCGCAGUACCCCGCCAAUGGGCUGAACGGCCACACCAAGACCAACGGCCACGUCAAUGGCGGGCCGCGGCGCGAUGACCACUCCACCCUCUCCAGGUCCAGCAGGUACUGGGGCGGGUCGGGCGCGGGCGCCGAGCUGUGGGAGGACCCCGACUUCCCGGCUUCGCCUCGUUCCAUCGGGGAGCGCGCCUCCGGCCUCACAUGGAGGCGGCCUCACGAGCUGAGCUCCGCCCCACUAUUCCUGGGUGCGGAUGCGGAGGACGCUGCGUGGGAGGUGGAGGUGGGCGCCCUGGGCUCCGGCGCCCUCUGCGCCGCGGCGGCCGCGCUGGCGUCCACCCCGCGCCUGCUGGCGCGCGUGGCGCCGCCGCACUCCUUCAGGGACCACUACAGGGGCGCCUUCACGUUCCGCUUCUGGGUGUUCGGCACGUGGCGCGAGGUGGUGGUGGACGACCGGCUGCCGUGCCGCGGCGUCGUGCCGCGCCUGCUCUCCUCCACCGCGCGGCAAGGCGACUUCACGCUGCCUCUGUUAGAGAAGGCCUACGCCAAGCUGUACGGGUCGUACGCGGCCAUGCACGCAGCGGGCGCGGCGGCCGAGGGCACCGCGCGAGCCCUGCAAGAACUGACCGGAGGGAUAGUUCAAUCCUUCUCCUUGCAACGGCAGCCGCAGCCGCUGACGUUGCAAGUGCUGCACUCAGCGGCGCCGCGCUCCACCAUUAUCGUCGAGUCAACAUGGCGCCGGCGCUCCGGGCUGGCGUCGGGGCAGGCGUACGUGGUGACGGGGCUGGCGCGCGUGCGCGGCGGCGCGGCGCUGGUGCGCGUGCGCGGCCGCGGCGCGUGGCGCGGCGCCUGGGCAAGAGGAAGCGCCGAGUGGAGGGCGUUGACAGAUGUGGAUAGAGACGCGUUGGAUGCAAGAGCGCUACAUCCUGAUGAGUUCUGGAUGUCCUUCUCCGACUUCGCUUGCGUAUUCGCGCGUUUGGAGCUGGUUCAUGUUGGCCCUGACGAUUGGAUGCGAGAGCCAGCGCUCCACGCCAGGAGACCUUGGAGGGCUGUGCUGGCCAGGCGCAGGUGGAGGAGGGGUUUCAACGCGGGCGGACCUCCUGAGGCUACAGAGACGACAGGCACGAACCCGCAAUUCCACGUAUCGAUCCCGGGCUGCGCGGGCGCCGGCAAGUGCCACGUCGUAGUGUCCGUGUUACAGCAGUACUGCCCACGCGGACGGACAAGAUUAAAGGCAGUCGGGUUCGCUCUAUACGAGCUCCCUCCAGGUGGCACUGCGCCGCGCUCGCUGGCAGGCCUUCGAGCCCUCGACGUGACGCACUGGUCGCGCGCACGAGAGGUCGCUACCUUCUUCACCCUGCCCGCAGGAGAGUACCUGCUCGUGCCACACACGAGGCGAGCACAUACCGAGGCCGCCUUUCUACUGAGGGUGCUGACCGACCAGCAUGCUGAUAUAUGGGAGGUGAACGAGGACAACCUCAUCGUGCGCAGCAUCAACGCCGAGUUCCCGGACGAGCGGCAGCCGAUACCACCGGAGUUGCGGGCGACGCUUGUCAAGCUGUUCGGAAAGGAGGAAGUAGAAGAGGUGGACGCCUCGGAGCUGCGCUCGGCCCUGCGCCGCAGCGGGCUGGGCGGUGUGCCGCUGGCGCUGUGCCGCUCGCUGGUGGCGCUGCGCGACUCGUGCGUGGCGGGGCGCAUGCGCGCGGCGGAGGUGCCGGCGCUGGCGCGGCUGCUGGCGCUGUGGCGCGGCGUGUGGGCGCGCCACCAGCGCUGCGGCGCCGCCUCCGCCUACCGCGCGCGCGACAUGCUGCGCCAGGCCGGCGUGCACGCCAGCAACAAGGUGUUGGAAGGCUGCGUGGUCCGCUUCGCACCCAAGGCGCACCUGGCGGCCGACGCGUUCCUGUUAGCGCUUGCUAGAAUUCACCUCGCGCACGAACGUUACCGCCUCCUCGACACGAAGUUGAAGUCCAAUCCUCUCUCGUUGGAAGAGAUGAUCCUGAUGACGAUCUACUCGUGAUCGCGAGGCGCGUAUGUUGUUGGACCUGCUGUUGUCGGUCUACUCCUGAAGCGCGUGUUGUUGGACCCGCUGUUGUCGGUGUCCUCCUGAGGCGCGUGUUCUUGGACCCAAUGUUGUCGGUCUACUCCUGAGGCGCGUAUUGUUGGACCCGCUGUUGUUGGUGUCCUGCUGAGGCGCGUGUUGUUGGACCCACUGUUGUCUGUCUAUUCCUGACGCGCGUGUCUACUCGUCAGCGCGCAUGUUGUUGAGCCCGCUGUUGUCUGUUGCGGAACCUUUAUGUUUACCUACUUAUUUUAUUUGUUUGUGUGACUGCAGUAUGCUAGGACGAUUUACCACAAAAAUUCAGGGACAAAGGGACAAAUUGUGGUGCAAAAAAUCUAAAUAUUUAUCCAAUUGUUAUUAACGAGAAGUCUGUGGCGUAUCUCCUGGAGAGAUAUAUAUUUAUCCAUUACUUCUCUAGUCUCUACAAUCUUGACCAUUUUACUUCUAAACAAUCACGAUAUUGUUGUUUAUAGCUAACAUAAUAUAACAUUCGUCCAAUCGUCCCUCUCUCUUGCUCAUGUCGGUGUUAGACAUAACCUCCUGAGUCCCAGAGGCUCUUAUCCCCGUAGGCCAGAUGGCGCUGGCAGCCGCCGCAAGUGGAUGCGUUCCGUUCUACGAGGCCGUGCCGUACAGCUGCGAUCGUGGCCCACAAAUGGACUCGCCGGAUGAUCAGCGCUGACUCUCAGCUCAGCAUUAUGCUGAGGCGAGCCCAUUUCGUGGUAAACAAUAUGUAAUUAUAAUAAUAUGUUUUAAACCUUAUAAUGUUACUUUUGUAUGUACACUAAGUUUAUCACGAAAAAAUAAAUGAUUUAUAAUGGCCUUACUUCAAAUCUAAUGUAAUAUUAACUUUCAUUUAAUACGACAAAGUUCCAAAUUCAAAAAUAAAACUGAAGCUUCUGGGUUUUAGGAGGCUAUGCAUGUUUUUGAACGUUUCUGUGGUAAAUCGACCGGCGCUGCGUGUGCGCACGCUAGGUGUAUGAGCGGCGACCAAAGACCAAUCCGUCCAAACUGUGUACACUUGUACAGUACAAACGUAAACGUGCACUUUGCUGCACUCACUUGUGAUAUACUUAAGUAGGCGAGGCGGGCGGAUUAUAAUACCAUAGUAUAACAAAUGAACUGUGAGGUUUCCUACUGUGUACAUUUGCUAAGAGUAUCCACUAAAUAUUCCUUUAAAAAUUUCCUCUGUUCUUAUCUCCACCGAGAUGAAUAAAAACAGGCAAAGGAUCGCUAAAACAAAACUAAUUUCACAGCACGUCGAUUUUUCGAGUUUACGCGCGAUAUGUACAAUUCAAAACUCGAAUAGCUAUAAUCCGAUGAGAUGAGUGCCUAUGUGUACCUAGGUACUACGUGCGAAAUCGGGUUGUCGAUUUUAGUCACAGUUUUGUGUUAGCGAGUAGCGACCAUACCUCGGUCUAUUUGUCAACUGUGUCUAAGUCUCACUUCCUCUCUAACUUCACACACAAAUAUAUUUUUUUUAACUAUUCUUAUUUAUAGCCUGAGGACCUCAAAAAAGAAUACUACAGAGCUAUGAGCCUGCCCGCCAUUCCUAUGAGACGCUAAACGUAUUGUACCAACGAACACACACUUGAGUAGCCAUUUCCAGCCUUAUUGCUACGAAAUAAAAACCCCAAAUGGCCACUUGAGUGUGCCUUCGACCUAAUAAGUUUAAGAUAUUGUUAUAGAAUGAGAUAUUAUAUCUGGCAGUUAUAUUUAUUGCUGUAUUUAAUAGAAUAAGUUUCAAAUGUUCAUGUGCAAUUUAAAUUAUUUAUUAAAGAUUAUUUUCAAACA